AUAACAUGAAUCUGUUGGCAAWACAAAGCGUCUAAGAUCACUACAUCUGUUGCUUGCAGAGCUGAAUUGUUUCUUAUGUUUUUGUAAAGAGUGGACUCUAGUAUUAACAUGUAUACACAAGGUUUAGACKGGUUGUAAACACUUUGAAGACAAAUAUUAUUGUGAUUGUCUAUCGUCACGACUUAAUUCCACCAAUCAACAGUCUCUACUUCAUUAAAUAACUCCAGGGGUAUAUCAACAUUAGUGUAGAUUCCAGGCUGUUCUGUUGACUAGAAAUGGCUUACAUCGAACGUGGUGGGGUAAGGCAAGUAAUAACUGCUAGUGUUGGAGCAUUCAGGGUACGAAUAGCAGAACUCCAAAAGGAGUUAAAAGAAUGCGAAGAGGAAAGGGAGAAAUUUCUCCAAGGYAUCAAAGCAGCAAGGAAACGAACUUACUUAUCAAAGCAAAGCAGCUCAGCUCUUCGACUUCGCAUGGAAGAUGUGACUGUAAAGAUCGACAGAACUGAGAGGAAUUUAGAAAACGCUAAAGAUAGAUUGUACAGAGCAAACCGUAAAACCCAGGACAAUAUCGAAGUAUUGAAAUCUCUGGAAAAACCUCAGCCAGACCUUGAAGAACUCGCUGAGACUAUCCACAAAGCUAACAAGUUCGCAGCUUUAAUGAGAUCCAAGAAAGCUGGCGCAGCGAAGAAAAUAGAAGAAUUAGAGGACAAGAUACAACGWGCAGAACGUCGUUUUCAGAAAGCAGAUGAUUUUAUUUAUACAAUUCAACAAAAGAUGGCCACUCACAGACGUCUCAUGGACAACCCUGUAGUGUCAACGAACUAUAAACCCAUGAAACAAGACGAAUACGCUGAGAAAGUUAGUGCGCUUAAAGAAAAAAUACGUCUUGCUGCUGCACGAACAAGAAAAGCUACAAAUGCCGCUGCUCACUUGGACAAACGUCUUGAGAUAAUGGAGAACGCUAUGGACAACUACGACAGGAGGAUAAGUGAUUUUCAACAAAGCAAACGAGAGAUAAUGGGAUCCAAGUAACGGAUGUGCAAUGACCCUUGUAAGGCACACGAACCCUCAAGUACGCGUCUGGAGUUGAAAUAUGUUGUUGUUUUCUCCUCAUAAAUCCAGUAUUUGUACACUCUAGAUACAUUUGAUGAUUACCAUUGUAUGUCUUUAAUAUAGUACUGGUAAUGGAUGUUAUAUGUGUAAUAUAGCAAACAGGAUCUCAUAACAGCGUUACUCUUUGUAUCUGGUGAUGAAAGUCUUCUCACCUCAUAAAAACACGUACACUAAAUGGGAYAUUUGAUGAAAUACCACUCACUUUACUGAAUAUGAUGUUAUAAUAACAAGUGAUAAAAAUAUCCUGAUAUAUUAUUACAGAACAACACGGUUGAUAUUUAAAGA